CAUGUCUACAAAUAUUCUACUUCAUGAGUUAACCUAAAAAGAAUGUAUCACGGAGAACCGCGCAUGUGACUUUUUGAACAUAAUUUUUAAUAAAUUUAUUUAUAACAUUGUUUUUAAUGAUUAUCUUUGCGUACUAUUUGCGCAAAUAGGCAGUAAUAGCACGUUUAAUUUGAAAUACGUUUUAAACUUCUUUCUUAUUUCUUUCGUAUUUGAUCGUAAAUUUAAAACAUGAGUGUAAUUACCGAAUCCGAGAGGAAACGAUUGCAAUCCUUGAAAGAAAAGAAACAUGCAUUUAAAAUCAAGGGACAGCUUAUACACCAAGCAUUAAGUGACCUAAAUAAUGCUAAAAGCAACAAAAUUAGAUUUGAUGACGAUUUUGGUGAAGAACAAAGUACAAAGCCGAAAAGGCAAAAGAUAGCUCUCUUUGAUAGUGAUGACGAUAAUGACGAUAAUAAGAAAGAUGUUUUAUGGAAUGAAGAUGAAUUCGCCGCCAAGAAAAAGAAAAAAGUUGUUCUUGGAAAUGACGCGCGGUUUACUUUGGAUGAUCGUUUCAUGGAAGACGAUCAUUCAGUCCAGGAAACUGAAGUUAAAACAGGCACCGAUGAAUGUGAUCUACAGAAGGAAAAAGAAAAGCAAUUAGAUAUUUUAGAAAGCAUUUUGGGAAUGCCGCUUGUGGCAAAAAGUCAGGAAAACUCAAAUACGAAAUCGACCAAACAGGAAUUAAUGGUACGCUACGAUCCCACUGAAAACGAACACUGCAAAUACGAAGUCAAAACUGUGCAGUCAGAGAAGAGCGAGGAGAAAAGUAGCAAAAAGAAGAAACGUGAAAAACCGAUGCCAGAAGUUGAAGAGCCUGCACCUGUCGAUGUGUCAAAGGAUAUCUAUUAUGCUGUAUCUGAUACUUUAGCGGAAAGUCUAAAACAGAAAGAAGAAUUCAGUUUGUUGAAAACAUUUGGGAAAGAGAAGAAAAAUGAUACGGGACACGCUGAGAGCAAUGACGCAUCUAUUGCAGAAAGUAAAGAUAGAAAGUUUAGGUUUAACUUCAAUGCAAGUAACGUGUUGAACAAUAAGUGCGAUUCAUCCGACGAAGAUGUAGACGAAGUAAAUAAACCUGAUGCAAAUGAACGAACGGUCGAAGGAACUGAAUAUGAUGAAAAUACAUGUAAUAUAUUUGCACAUAAAGACAUCCUAUUUUUUGACAAGGAUGAUGUACGGUUUAAUGAGGCCGUGAGAUUUUUUAAUGCAGAAGCCGCGCCAACGGAUGAAUUCAAGAAUCUGAGACGCGAGUUGAAACAGAUCGUACGUACGAAGAUUCGCAAUAAUGAGAAGCAACAUCAGCGGUGGGGUAAGAAAAGGAAAAUAAAGAAAUUCUCACGCUAAGAUAUUUUUCCCUCGUAAUUGUUUUGGUUCUGUAUUUGCAAUAGCGUAACGAUCAAUCCAGGAUCAUGUGAUUAUUAUCCUAGAAAGACAUUAUUGUAAAGUAUGUAACAUAUAACAUGUAAAAAUAUACUUUUAUAUACUAUAUAAUAAAUGUGUACG